GCUCUUGUUUCUUUUAAGCUGCCCAUAUAGCUAGACGGAUUCCUUGCUUCCAGAUAAACUUUGCCACCAUGUCCGAUUCUCGCGAUCACCUCCAAGAAUUUACUAUCAAAGCUGCCAAUCCGGCCCAGGCCGAGCAGCAUGCGCGGGCUGGAUUCGUCAUGUGGGGCAGGAAGCAGUCGUGGGAAGAGUAUUGGGAGGUUUACGAGAAGGAGAGAAAGGAAGCUGCGUGGGGGAAAGAUGCGUUGGUGACAUGGGUGCUGGUUCGAAACGAUGAUCCCGAGGGGGACAUCUAUGCUGGAUGUGAGACGUACCGGCGCAAGGGUUGGGUGAAGCACCAAGGUGCCAGUGACAUUGAGGAAGGAUACGUGUAUGGUAUUGCUUCAGUGGUGACGCCAAAGCAUCACCUCCGCCAAGGUUUCGCAACUCGUCUCCUCAGCUUGCUCCACCGCCAUAUCGCGCCUGCCAAUACACUUCCACCCAUCCCUGACUCUUGGGGCAAAGAUCAACCCGUGAUUCCAGUGGCUGAAGAAGUGUCUUCCCGUCUUCCAAAAGCUAUCGGGUCUGUGCUAUGGUCCGACAUCGGCUCCAAGUUUUACUCCCGUUGUUCUAUGGGUGCUGAACGACCUGGCUGGCUCGUUGAAGAUUCUCAAAAUACUGAAUUGAUAUGGAAGAUUUUCCAUCCUGCGGCAGGCUCUACAGAAGGCUUCAACUUUCUUUUUGAAGAUGAUUUGGAAGAGAUCGGUCAAAUUCUCUCCGAGGCCAUGCAGGAAAGGUUGAGGAAGACCGAUACCUCCCGUAGGGCGUAUUUUGUUCAAGAUCCAUCAACGCCAGGUGUUCUUUCUUUCGCACCUGUCAAAGGCUCUUGGAUGGAAAAGACCCCCUCUCCGUUGCCUGUCGGCAUCCGCAUCAAAUCACCUUCCGGCAAACCGUCAGACGACGCCAUUGUUCUUUUUGCCGUUACCUGUCCUCCAAUCGGCGAACGUUUUCUCAUCACACAUAUUUCCAACCUCGAUUCUCACCAGCUGCCUUUUGUGCUUCAGGCGUUUGACAUGCUUGCUACCGAUGCGGGCCAGGAAGAAGGCUGGGUCUGGGAUCUCAGUUUGUCAAGUAAUUUAGUGCAUGCUUGGCAGCAGUUGCCUGAUAGGGAAGUAAGGGUCGGACGAAGGCAGGAGAUGUACGGACAUUUGUUGGGUGUGGCGUGGUACGGGCCUGAGGAGGAAAAGGGCACUUUGCUUGAAAGUCAGAUGUGGAGCUGGUGCUAGAUUGUAGCCAUACAUUUAAAAAGAAUCGGGAAAGGACUGCAAGAGCAUGUCCUGUAUAGAAGCAUGUACGAACAAGA